CGGGCCUGGCGCCGGGGGUCGCGGUGCCCCCGUUGGCGGCUGAGCUGCGCUGCCCUGGCUCGCCCUGCCCUGCUUUGCUCUGCUUUGCCCGCCGCCGGGCUGUGAUGUGUGUGCCCCGCUCGGUGGGAGGCGGGGAGUGCCCGGCAGAGAGGAGGGGAGUUAGUCAGCGGCGAGGAGGAGGAGGAGGCAGGGCCGGAGGCAGAGCCAUGGAGAGCAGCGCUCGGCGGGCGGGGCGGCCUGUGUGACCGGGGCGCAUCGCGGGGGCACGGCCCGGCAGCCGGGCGGCAGCGGCGGGGCCGGGCAUGAAGGUUAUAAAUAGCCCCGCGCGGCGCCGUGUCACGGAAGGACAGCCUGGCCGGGCGCGGGCAGAGGCCGCCGGCGCGCAGCCUCCCCCGGCCGCCCGCCCGCGGGCCCAGCUGCGCUAGCGGCGGGGCCGCCUCCCGCCCGCCGUGCCCGCUGCGGGGCCGCGAGUGACACACGGCGCGGCGGGACAGCCCGCACCGCACGGCCCCGGCACCUCGGCCCUGCCGGACCGCGCUGAGGCACCGGGGAAGAUGAAGCCGGAACGAGAUACUUUGGAUGAAUACUUUGAGUAUGAAGCUGAGGAGUUCCUGGUCUCCUUGGCCUUGCUGAUCACUGAGGGCCGGACACCAGAGUACUCCAUCAAGGGCAGGACAGAGGGCUUUCACUGCCCCCCAGCACAGUCGAGCCAGCCACCAACAACUAAGCAUGAAUGCAGCGACAAACUGGCUCAGUGUCGUCAGGCCAGGCGAACCAGAUCUGAGGUUAUGCUCCUGUGGAAGAACAAUAUUCCAAUCAUGGUAGAAGUGAUGCUACUUCCAGACUGUUGCUAUAGUGAUGAAGGGCCCACCACAGAGGGGAAUGAUUUAAAUGAUCCUGCCAUCAAACAAGAUGCAUUGCUGUUAGAAAGGUGGAUUUUGGAGCCAGUUCCUCGACAGAGUGGAGAUCGAUUUAUUGAGGAGAAGACCCUGUUAUUGGCUGUUCGCUCCUUUGUUUUCUUCUCUCAGCUGAGCGCAUGGCUGAGCGUCUCACAUGGUGCUGUUCCCAGAAACAUCCUCUACAGGGUGAGCGCUGCAGAUGUGGACUUGCAAUGGACGUUCUCCCAGACACCCACUGAGCAUGUCUUUCCUGUUCCUAACGUUUCUCACAAUGUGGCCUUGAGGGUCAGCGUCCAGUCCUUGCCAAGGCAAUCCAACUACCCAGUUUUGACCUGCAGUAUUCACACCAAUCUUAGCUUUUAUGAAAAGCAAAUGCAAGAGCGUAAGUUCCAUCAGCGCAGCGGUCCCAGUGCUGCUCAGCAAUGCAGUGCUCCCAGUCCACAGCGUUUUCCUGGGAAGCAGACAUGGACAAUGACACCUGAAGGCCUACUGAAUGGAAAAAAGAAGCCUGAAUUUACUACAUCUUUUAGAAAUUUAAAACUUUAUCCAUCUACCGGACGUGGAUCUGACUUUGGGGCAUCACAGUCUAAAGUUCAGUGCUAUAAUGCCACAGCAGACAAUAAGACACAAUCUCAUGAAACACCGGUCAGAACUUUUAAAUCCUAUUCUCUCGUUGAUUCCCGUGUUUCAAACAGUCAUUGCUCUCAUCAGCCCACAGGAGAAACCAAUCCUUUGAUAGGCUCUUUACUUCAGGAGCGACAAGAAGUCAUUGCAAGGAUUGCUCAGCACUUGAUUCACUGUGAUCCAGCUACUUCACCAGUUGUUGCUGGGCGUCCAUUCACCACACAUGAAAACAUCUCGGCUACACCAAAAGCUUUUCGGAGUACUUUCGAAGAGGAGAACUUGCCAAGGAAAAGCAAGGAAAGCUCCCCUGUUCCUGCUGCCAACUUAGACAAUGCAAUACAGGAAGAUGGUGGUGAAGGCAAAACUAGGGCAGGGCCAGAGGUCACGCUGCUCGAUGCCCGUGUUCCAGGGAACCACUGUGGCCGUCAGUCAGCAGGAGAGAGCAACCCCCUGAUCGAUUCCCUGCUCCAGGAGAGGCAGGAGGUGAUAGCAAGGAUUGCCCAGCACUUGAUUCAUUGUGAUCCAGCCACUUCCCAUGUUGCUGGACGUCCAUUCAAAGUGCAUGAGGCUAGUCCGGUCGUAUCAAAAGUUUUUCGAAGUACAUAUGAAGAUGAAAAUUUGCUGAGGAAGGGCAAGGAACCUUUUGCUAAAUCAAAUUUUUCUUUGUUAGCAGACAGCAGUAAAUCAGGGACAAAGACACCUGAUACUCCUAUCAGUCCUUCUAGGUUUGAUGGAGAAUUGAAGACUUCUCUGAAAGUCCAAGCAAGAAGAAAAUUGGUUUUAGUAAAACCCAGUGAAGCUGUCCAAAAUGCAUUUCAUCAGACUUCAAAUAAAACUUCUCAUGCAUUUAGUAGCAUUCACACAUCAUCAUGUAUUAAAGAAAAUAAAUCUGAAGUUCCAGAUAAAUUGGAAAUACAUUCUGGUUAUGCACAGAAAGACCAGAUAACCAAUAGAUGUAAACAGGGUUCAAAUUCCAGCAGCACUGAUGAACAGAUUUGCACAAACAAACUUAAAGAAAGAACAGUUGUUCGUGAGAACAAUGGCACAGACAGUUUUAAUAAUUUACAGAUGGAAAAAUGCAGAAUACUUGAAGGUACAAAAAAAGCAACUGUGAUGCCGGUAUAUGACUCUUUGCACAAAAAUGAGCUCAAGUGUUUAGAUAGAGACUCCAAAAAACCAAAUAUUUAUGAGCAAAAUACUCAGCUUAUUAGUAUUGAAAAUUAUUUAAAUAAAGACCAUGACAGUUUCAAAAACAAAACCAAACAAGACAAAAUAAAAACUGCACAUGAUGAGAAUGAAGACCCAACGGGCCUCGAUUCUCAAAGCACUUCUCAGAAGAAACCUGCAGAAGACAAUGCAGCUAAGUGUGAGUGGCAGAAGAACCCUGAUGUACAGAAAGCACCAUCUCUAAAACACACAAACACAUGGCGGAAACACAAUUUCCGAUCCCUGGACGGAACUUCAACCAAGGCUUUUCAUCCCAGAACUGGACUGCCUCUGCUUUCAAGUCCUGUUCCUCAAAGGAAAACACAGUCUGGGUGCUUUGAUCUGGAUUCAUCAUUGUUGAAAUGUCUGUCUGCAAGAAGCCCACAACAAUGUAUAAACAGAGACAGUGAUCCAGACAGCCAUGGGAAACCAUUUCUAAGUUCUAGUGCUCCACCAGUAACAAGUCUAAGCCUUCUGGGAAACUUUGAGGAAUCUGUCCUGAAUUUCCGCUUGGACCCGCUGGGUGUCGUGGAGGGUUUCACAGCAGAGGUGGGAGCAAGUGGAGUCUUUUGUCCCACGCACAUGACUCUGCCAGUUGAAGUGUCAUUCUACAGCGUUUCAGAUGACAAUGCACCCUCUCCUUACAUGGGUGUAAUUACUUUAGAGUCCCUUGGGAAAAGGGGUUAUCGGGUACCGCCUUCAGGAACAAUACAAGUGACCUUAUUUAACCCUAACAAAACUGUGGUGAAGAUGUUUGUGGUGAUCUAUGACUUGAGAGAAAUGCCAGCUAAUCAUCAAACAUUCCUACGGCAAAGAACUUUUUCUGUCCCUGUGAGACGAGAAAUCAAGCGAACUGUCAAUAAAGAAAACAGUCACCAGACUGAAGAAAGGCUACUACGCUACCUCAUACAUCUGAGGUUCCAGAGUUCUAAAUCUGGAAAGAUCUACCUCCACAGAGAUGUAAGGCUCCUAUUCUCUCGGAAAUCCAUGGAAGUUGAUAGCGGCGCUGCAUAUGAACUCAAAUCUUACACUGAAUCUCCAACAAAUCCUCAGUUUUCACCAAGAUGCUAGCAAACAAUGGCAAACUAAAGUAUUCAUUUUUCUGUUGAGUACUUCUUGCAAGCAGAGAUUGGUAGAGACAACAGUAUAAAGUUAAGUCUGUAAAGGAAUAAAAAUAGCGCUCAAGAGAAAGAAAGUUCUGUGUCAUCCUGGACCAGUUUUUAAAAGGUUUCUGGAAUGAGCUUUGUGUAUUCCAAGUAGACUGGAAACAUACUUAAAUCUAAUCUUUUUGUACUGUUUAAAACCACUUCAUUGGAUGUGUUGCAAUAGCAAAUUCCCAAGUUAGUUUAGUGUUUACACUUUUUAUUUUAUUUUUCAGUUAUUUAAUAUUUAAUGUUUCAUUUAAUACUCAAGUGAUGUUUGUCUUUAGUGUUCUAAUGUAGCAUAAAUCCUAUGUAAAAUCAUACUAUGUAUUUUUGGCAUUAAUAUUGAAAUCUGAAAUAUAUACAGAUGUCUUUAAUCUGUGUGCUGUUUCAAGUGAUACUCAUUUAAGUUAUUGAAAAUGGGGACAACAGGUGAAUUUCCAUAACAUUUCAUACUAUGCAAGCAUUUAGCUGUUUUUUCUCUGUAAUGGUACCAUUUUCCAUUUUUUCUCACAUCCAGAUUUAACAACACUUGCAACCACAUUGCAGAUUGUUUAUUUACUCAUGCAUUCAGAUGGUUAAUUCAAAUCACAUUUUGCUCCCUCAAUUUAUUUUCUCUCCUUAAGGGCCAUUUUAAUUUUGUUUAUUCUGUUAUUAGUUUUCCUCACAUAAAAUUUCCACCCUCCCCCAUUUUAUUUCUCAAAUUGUGUUAAAGGAUGUACUGUGCAAACAAAUUAGUAUUUAUAUCUCAAAUAUAUGCAAAAGCUAUGAAA